CGUUCACACGUGUGCAGUCAGUACACUUUCGCCAGCGCCCAUCAACAGCUCUCUCUUUCGACGACACAAGGAAGAUUAUAUUCCGAAUGUUCUCCUACAGGUCUCUCUUCAGAGUGGACUGCCUACUGAAAUUUACGAAUACUUAUGCAGUAUCGAGGCCAGUUAAUUACGCUCAGGGACAGUGUGUUUAUCAUGGCUUAAGCUAUAAUUUGAAAAUUGGUGGUGGAAAGGAUAAGCGAAGUGCUAUGGAUGAGAACAAAAAGCACAAAACAGUCACUCCUAUAUGGAGACCAGUCUGUACUCGAGCCAUUUCUAGUGAAGACUGCUUGGAAAAGGAUGUGAUAGCUGAAUCGGAAGAUAGAAGUCAAGUUCAAGAAGUUGUGUGUGGCACAUCUAGCAAUAUUUCUAAUGUUCAGCAUGUCAUAAAGGCAUCUGAUGCAGUGACUGAAAUAACUAACUCGACUAUCAGUUCUAGCACAUUUCAGGAUAAUGGUGAAGAGAGAGUCUUAGAGGGAGAAUCAGAGCUUUCUACAGAAAAGCAUUCAAUUUCAGUUGAGAUGCAGGUAGGUGCUUCUCUAAUUCAGUUUGUAAAAGGAAAGGGAGGAUCUACACAGAAAAAGGUUGAAGAGGAGAUGGGAGUUAAAAUCAUACUUCCAUCAUCCAAGAAGGAUGAUUCCAUUAUCAUUGCAGGCAUUUCAAUAGAUAGUGUAACUAGAGCUUUGGAAAAGAUACAAUCUAUAAUUGAUGAGGCAGUUAAAAGCCCAAGUCUUGAUUACAGUCACUUCAUAUCACUUCCAUUGGCUAUACACCCUGAAUUAGUUGAUAAGCUUCUCAAAUUUCAAAACUCCAUACUAGGGAAUAGAGAUGGUUGCCCAGAUGAUAAUCCAGACAGCGAUUCAAAUGAAGAUACUACUGACAAUAAAGAUGGGGACCAACAGACAGAUAAACGACCUGAUGUUGCUGUUGAACUGAAAGUUGAUGAUGGAAAUGAACAUGCUAAAGUGAAUAUAACUAAAAUACCUCUUGUCAGUUACGCCCCUAAAGCAUCAAAGUCUUCAUCUCCUUCUGCAGACUUGGGAAUUGACAAAUCCAUAUUCAUUAAACCAAAAACGUUUCACUUGACUGUACUCAUGUUGAAGUUGUGGAACAAGGACCGUGUUAAUGCAGCAGCUGAGGUUUUGCAGAGUAUCUCCUCAAAAGUGAUGGAUGCUCUGGAUAAUCGGCCUGUCUCUAUAAGACUUAAGGGGCUGGAUUGCAUGAGAGGUUCUUUGGCCAAAGCCCUGCAUGCAACUGUGAUGAAUGCAAGGCAUAGAAAAAGGAGCAAAUGGACUAGAAAUGUUGAUUCUUUUGAUGCACGAGGUAUUUUCAAACAGUAUGGAUCUGAGGAAUGGGGGCAGUAUCUUAUCCCUGAAGCUCAUCUUUCGCAAAGAUUUGUGUUUGAUGAAAAUGGAUAUUAUCAUCGUUGUGAUUCAAUACCUUUUCCAGAAAGUAUGCAAGUGGACUGAUCCGUUUGCACAGAAGAUUAAGGUGCUUUUCUUUUUAGUUGCAAACUAUGGAAGCAAACGUUUUCUCUUGGAAUUAUUUAGUCUUUAGUUUUGGUAUGUUUUCUGUCUUCAGACUCCAGCUCCCAGAUUUUGUACUUUUUUUUUUUUUAUUGAAUCUUAUAUACCAUGUCUUUAGAAACAGACUAGAAAGCUUCGACUUUCGCAGCAUGUUGCCAUUGUAUGGAAUACAAAAUACUUCUUGUUUUGGU